UGUAGUUAUCAUUGAAGUAUUUGCCAUGCAAUAACUGACACGAAAUUGCCGUAAGAGCCAAAUGCACCGUAUUUUUGAUCCGUAAUUUUCAUUUUCGUGAUUUCUGGGCCAUAUCAUACCAACUCAUGAGCGGUGACUUUAUGUUCAGACCUGGUUGCACCUUUAUCAUUGCAAUUUUUAUCAAUUUUUGUUUCUUGGUAAAUUUUUUGUGAAAAAAUCGUAGAGUGAAAAAUAGUCAUCAUAUCAUACGAUGGAGCUUCUGCACAGCCCCUGCGAUGGCGCCACACUCGCGCGAAACUUCAAAUAGGCCUAAAAGAAACCCGUGGGUCGGUCUUUUGACUUCUUUUGGAGUGUUGUUGAAGCGUUAGACUUUGUCGGAAGAAGAUGAAUAAUUGCCAAAGUAUGUUACAGGCAGCAUCUCACGGCAACGGUAUUAGAUCUGAUAGUUACCCACAAAUAUAUCAAUGACUGACCAAAGUGAGAGGGUUAAAAACAGAAGAGUCUAGAGGAGAGAUUAAAAAAAUCACCAGGCAGAUAUAGGUUACAACCGUACAACAGUUGUGCAGGAGUGCAGUCAAGAUCUGGUUUCCGAAGCGUCCGGAAGCUGAGAAGUGUUAGUGGCAUGAUUGAGCUCUUGAGUUGACGAUGGAGACGCUCAACCAUGCCAUUUGCACAAGGAUGAUAGGCUGUUGUGUGGAUCUGCUUGAUUCCAAAAAUCGACGUAAGUAACGCAAAGAGAGCAGAUUCGAACUGAGCCCCACGAUCAGUUGUGAUGGUAGAGGGGACUCUGAAAACAGAAAUCCAACUUGUGACGAAAGAACGGGCGACAGUUUCAGCUCUUAUGUCAGCAAGUUAUUGACCAAUGCUACUGGAAUAAGCUGCAAAGUGUUAUUAUGAUAAUAGAAUAAACAAGCAACACUUCGUCAUUACUUGUUGCUGGAAAGCUAAUUGAAUUCAAAAUCGAUAAUGUACCGUCUACUUUUUCGGCACAGAAUCAAACUUUUUUAGAUAAUGCUGCUGUUAAAUACCUUUGUCAUAUUCCGAACACUGAAAAUUUGUUGCAGACUUUAAUGUCCAAAAGACGGAAGUUAAAAGAAUCACCCCAAGGCUAUAUUUACUUUAUUUACUUUAAAUAAAUAAACUACAGAAAAUUUCGUCGUGACAAAAUUUCAGGCAAAUAUUUUGACGAAGUUUUCUUCGAAUAAAUUCAAAAUGAGACGAAAUUUGGUCUCGACAAAAUUUUUUGCAUUUAAGAUUUUUGCGUAUAGAAAUUGCAUAGAAAAACGAUAACAUGAGGUCAGGAAUCAAAUUUAUAGAUCCUUAAAAUCAACUCAAUGUCAAUUACGUCAUUUUCCUCAUUUACAUCAUCUUCAUAAAUAUUUUUUAAUGUUGGCAUCAUCAUCAUCAUCAGCAUCAUCAUUGUCGGUCCUUGAUCUAACUUCGUUUUCACCAUCAUUCGAUAAAAAAAUUCUAACUCAGUGCCACCUACCAAUGAAAAAAACGUGGGCGUGGAACCCUAUUUUCCCUUGCUCAACUCGCCUUUGCCUCCCUUUGCAAUCUUAUCACCCAGGCUACACUACUGUUCUAACUGUUGUCCUUUGUCGCCGGUUUCAAAAGAUUCCACCUGUGUCUUUUUAUAUUCAACUGUACUAUUUCUUUCGUUCCUUCAAGAUAUUUAUUUGCACUUAUACUUUAAUUAUACUCUGUUUAUAAACUUUCAUACCAUAAAAAUAUAGAGUAGAGACUCUUUGAAUAUUAAAAACAUCUCUUUUGACCCCAUCUUUGCAUAAACUGAGUAAAUAUGCCGGUUAAAUUUGGUUUGCUUAAAAUUCUGUUUUGUUUGAAAAAGCUGCUUAAGGGUUGAGUCAAAUUCCGAAGUAUCUACGAAGACUGUACCUAUGGGAUUGAGUAUAAAGCAGCCUGUUUGGUUUUGCCUCUAAGAUUUUGGUAAUAUGCUGCUACCUCUAUGUUAAAAUCCACGACGAAAUUUUGUCACGACGAAAUUUUGUCACGCAGUUUUAAAUGUUUUAUUUUGGGUGGUACUCAAAUGACAUCAUUUUGACACAGCAUUGCCAAAUUAUAAACAGUUAAAUGCUUAUGUAGGGCAUUUUUGUUAUCACUGCAGCAUGGGCACAAAUCAUUUCAAAAUUUGUCCUCUUUUGCGACCAAGGACGUAAAAAAAUUGUGCAUAAAAGCACUUACAGUUAACUGCUUAUUGCUACCUUUGAUGAUACAAUAGCCAAUUUUUGUCUAAAAGUAUGAAGUGUUUGUUAAUGUUGUGAUAUUUUAAAUAAGUUUUUAGUUUACUUGCGCAAUAACACGUUUUAAUUAUCGGCUAAACAUUAGUAACAUUCAUAAGCAUUUUCCAUAAAUGUUGGUUAAUUUACUAGGUAAGGACAUGGAUAUUCACAAAGCGAACACUCUGUUAAUUGCAACAGUAAUUAAGUCAGUUGAGUGAGCCAUUCAACUCUAGCGAAUUAAUCCGUUAGCAAAAACAAUGAUAUGCUAGCUUCAAAUAUCUAGGCCGCAUUACCAAUGAUUACUUUUGAACAGGCAUUUAAGCGUGUAAGCGCGCGCCUUCCUGUUUGACGGAAGGAGGAUCAAAUCAACCGAAGCGUGAAAGCAGUUAUUUCCAUGCCUGGUGAAUGAUGUAAUGGAAGGAGCUUUGCGUUGGGCAGUGGCUAGGCUUUGUGGAACUGUGGAAAACAUAAUGUUGCAACAAAAAGAACGCUAAAUAAAAAACUGCUAAGAAAGUCACGUAUCAAACGCCAGUGUGAUUUGGAGAAUCUAAAUACUUCGUCGGGUUUUACAGUUACUUCAAGCCUUCAUAUGGAUGAUUCUGGUUUUGGAAGGCACUUGAUGACGCUCUAAUGUUCGCUGCGGAAAAUCAAUUCAUUACUUAUGUACGCAUUGAAAUCGGAUGUGAAUCUUCCGAAGCCAUGGAUAAUACUGGCAAAAUUCUUCGUAAUAUUAAAUGCACUUGUGGCAUUAGCCCAUGCCUAUCCACUGUACCCACAGUCAAAAGAAUGGGUUUGCAGCGCAGGGAACGUUAUUUACAACGUUACACUCCAAGGUGGGAUACACGCAGGGAAAUUCAGAAAAAUAGGCGAAACAGGAGAUAUGAAUGCCUGCUCUCAGUAUUGUUGCGAGGAUCGACAAUGCGACGUUGCGUUUAUGGCGAAACAGAACUGUUACUUAGUGACUUGUCUGUCAAAGAACCUUUGCGGAUCAGUUCCGACACAAUCACCGAAACUGUUUCCGCGUCUUGUUUAUGUUUCAAGGACGUUUUUCCAUGCAAAUACAAGGACGAUAUCGAACGAAGCUUUCGAGAAGACUUUCCAUCAAGGCACGUUCGGUGAUGUUACUGGUGACAACCAAGGGUCACGGUCUCCAGUAAAAGGAGACGCUGGGUUGCGGAAAAAUAGUUUUUAUACGAUAGAUAAUUCUGAAUCGAAAAAUUUGAAAGAGAAACUUAGAUUAUAUGCGGAGGGCUUAGAUAAUCCAGGAACUGAUAAGCAUUUUGGACAGAAAAAUUUAGCUAGCAAUAGUUUAGCUACGCGCACUGAAGUACCUGUUUCAAAUGUGGAAGAGGUAACGGUGUAUGCCCAAGGCUGUUAUCCGGCAAAGGUUCACAAAGACGUUUCAUUGCGGUACGGGACGCAUUCCGGUGAAUUUUACGAUUACGGUGAGAUUGGAGACAUGAGAAUGUGCGUUGAUUUAUGCUGUAAGGAUAAAAAAUGCGAUGUCGCGUUCAUGGUAGGUAAAACAUGCUACACCAUAUCGUGCUCAAGUUUUGACUUCUGUCAAAUGACAAAGGCAUCCAAGACGCAACGGCUAACUACCCAGCUGGCGUAUGUCAUCAAAAAACGAAGCAGUGAAGGAGAAAAGAAGCUAUUGAUAUCAAAGAAUAAUGAAAAACUUCUCAGUCACCAAAUUUCCGCGAAAUCGCAUGCCAAGAGUCACGUGCAGUCGUCAAUGCACGCCCCAACUUCAAGGUUCUUGUCUAACGAGCGACAAGAUUUCGAAAUCGGUACUCCAAAAUCCGAGAUUUUCUCUUCCGAGGAGCCCAAUAUACCGAAGAAGUUUACAAAGGGAUGUCGAAGUAAUAGAAUUCUUAAUGAUUAUGGUUUGAUUGGUGGACAGCGUGCUGGAGUUUAUACGCUGCGAGGCAUAACCCCGAAUUUUGAUGCUUGCAUCGGACUUUGCUGCGCUGAAAUGAUGUGUGACGCUGCGUUUCUGCUGGGAAGGAGAUGUUUUUCUGUGCAGUGUUUCAGAAAUGGCGCAUGUGCAGGAAGGCCAGCAACGUCACAUGGGCUGCGUUCUAAACUCGCGUUUGUUGACAGAAAGGAUGAUGAUAUUGGUGAAAAAAGAGCGUCAAUUCCUGGUCUGCUACCAACAGAUCGUCAAUACACCGUUCAUUUGAAUAUUACAAGUGAAGAUUACAAGGAAGGCUUGCGGGAUCAUGAGUCAUUGGAGUUUCUCAAUUUUGCACAGGCUGUGCGAGCGGCGAUAAGUGGAAUACUUGGAAAUGUAGAAGGAUUCAAAAACAUUGAAAUUUUAGCUUUCAGGCCAAAUAAAGUGAUCGCCAUCUUCAAUGUGACCACUGAUCAGGUAACCCAUCCAAAGGUUCUGCUGCAAUUGAUUGUCGAUUCAUUGAGGAAAGGAGAGGUGAAAACUUUUGAUGAACCAGUUUCUGGAAAGCUCUUGUUGGAUGUCAGAGGAUUUAAGUUUCUUAAUAGCAAAGGAGACAACCUUGUCUGCUCACCUGAACACAACUACGACGCACAUUGGCCCCUUGCAAUUUUCGGAACUUCCGUUAACAUUCCAUGCCCACGUGAUGCAAAAGGCCUUUCUAAUAGACGUUGCAUUGGGAGCGAGGAUCAUACCGCCAAAUGGGAUGUGCCUGAUUUUAGUGACUGCGUUUCUCAAAAAUAUGAAGAUCUUUUCAAAGAAGCCCAGCUUCUCAACUCAGCCUCAGUGCACUCACCCGAGCUCACACCAGCGUCUAUAAUUGACCGCGUCUUGCAGCUCAUCACUACAGAUACCUACGGGUCAAACCCCCCGGCGGCAAAAAGCAACACCCGAUCGUUUUAUCUUCAUCAUCACUUCAGAAUAGAUAAAAUUCAUCAAGAUCCAAAAAGUAGAGGAAGCCUGCAUACACCAGAAAUCGAGAGUUUUCGUAAGCUUGUCGCAGAACGACGAAAUCAGGAGAAAAAGAUUCAGCAUAGUAAGGCUAUUCAGCCCGCUCAACAGAAGCAGAAAUCACCCAUUAAUUUAGUGUCUUUUUUCAGAGGACCUACUGCGAAAUUGAUCAAAGUAGAGCCUCUUGCUCAAACAAAGCCUCGCAAUGACGAUGUUAAAAUAACAAGUGUAAGCUUUUCUCCCAACACAAAGCAAGUGUUUGGGCCUAAGGCGCCCGUGCCAAAGAUUCCGAAUAGAAUCUUCGAGCAAAAUGUUGUCGCUCAAAAGUCUCCAGGCAUUGAUUCUAAGAACUCUGAAACGUUUGGAAUUUCCAGGCAGAACUUCAAUUCACAGCCAUUGUCGCUGCCAGCCGAAAGGACACCUUCGUUUCCAAACCAAAAAGCUUUUCAAUCUCAAUUUAAUGCACAGCAAGGAAGCCAAGGGUCUAUUCAAAAUCCUCGCCCUGCUUCGCUACAGCAACCUAAUCAAGCGGGUAUUUUACGUGAUAUUGAUAGAAAAUACCAACAAGACUUCAGAAAGUUUAACGGGAAUCCGAAAGUCGAUCCGUCGUUGCUUUUAUCCCAAGGAAUCUGGAGCAAGCCACAGAAGUAUCAUGCACAAACAAGAUCAGUGCCAUCCCCACACAAAGACGUUUCUGGUAAAGUUUAUCACACGUUAUCUCUACCAGUAGAUGUCAAUCAAAGGAUGCAGGAAAACAAAUGGUCGUUUGAGAGAAAGAUGCCUAGGAAGCUAACAGAGAGAUAUCAAACGCCAACAGAAAGAUCAUACCUACCAUCCGCUGAGGGGCAGCUCAGUCAACCGGCGCUGCACCUUGGGCAGACACCGGAGUUGACCUUGUCCUACGACAGAAAUGUAGGGAAGUCAUUGGUUAACCAGGAUCAGUUAUAUAUAGGACCAAAAACAGCAGUGAAACAGCUGAAUCAUAACCUCAAUGAAGGAGGUUUAAAAUAUGGGUCUGUGAAUCCGGCAGUCUACGGGAACAUGCAACAGUUAGACGGGAGCAAAGCUGCGAACGAGAAUAGGAAGAAUUAUGUUGUCAGUAUAAGGAAAAAGAGGUCAAUCGAUGUUGAUAGCGAAAGAAAGUUAUUUUUAUCGUCAGGUGCUAAUAAUGGAAAGACAGGGGGCUAUCUGCUGGAUAAUGUGACCAAAAGGGAGGCAUUUGGUGAUUACCGGAAAACUGACGACCGAACUUACCAGGACAAUUUGCUAGAGUCACUUACAAAUGAGGAAUCAGAUGGAGAUGGGCUAGACCAGCUGAGUCAGCAUCAAAGUUGGGGUAGAGGAUCUUCAAGGGUUGCCCCAAAUAUGAGAGUCUCCGGCACAGCAGUGGCUACAGAUGUUACAGGAGCUCCCUUGUUGGAUGAUAGCAUUGCAGAAAGAAAGAGCAAUUUGAAAGAAAGUAAAGAGCCAUUUAGAUUAAUUGAGAAGACAAGCUAUAGGCCAAAUGAAGAUUCUGAUGCGGUGAGACCAAUUGUUGUGAAUCUUCCUCUAGUAAAUGGUAAUGGAGCAUCUGCUGAUGUUAGCACUUCACACCAACAGCAAGGUAGCAUGAGAAGUCCAGUCAACCAAUUUGUCACUCAAACUGGCGCCCAACAAGGGACAUCGCUUGACCUUGAUACCAGCAGAAUGAGCCUCCCAGAUCCGCGAGAAACUUCAAGCUACACCGAAGCUCAUCUUGAUAACCCAAGAAUCAAUGCUGUUGCAAGUGCCAAGAUUUACCAUGGUGACAAUCCUAACAGCGAUGGUAGGACCUCAACCAAUAUCGAGAUUACAGGUGUUGAAGGCAGCCCGGCAAAUGGGCCCGCUCCACAGCAAGAACAGUCAAAUACACAAAACGUAGAUUCAACCACUGAAGGUGUUCCUCCUCCAAAAGAACAGGUUGCUGUUGACAAUGAAAAGGAAGGCAGUCAACCCAGUGAAACCAAACCAGAAGCCUCUACUUCAGAUAUGAAAGGUAUGGAUAAUGAACAGAAAGUCGAUGAGCAGUCACAGAUUACCACAGAGGACGAAAAGAAGAUCGAAGAAAAAGUUCCUGAAAAUGUUGAAGAUAUUCCAACAGUGCCUCUUGAGAAUCGAAACAACACGGUCGAUGACAUGCUGACCAAUGGAUCGAAAAUCGAAAACUUAGAUAUUCCUCAGGUUAAUCUAAAAAAGCUCACAGUUAACGAGACUGAGGAAAACGCGCACAAACUCGCGAGUGAAACGCAGGAUUCAGAUCGCAUGUUUACAUUUGAGAAAGAGCAUGGAGCCAAUAGAGCAGCUAUGUUUGGAGGUGACAUUUUAUUAUCCGCAGACAUUUUUGAGGAGUUGUCAAAUAACAUGCAGGUUCAGACAGACGCCCCAAGUCCCCAAGAAAUAAAGGAAUUCCUGGAGGCUGCCAGUAGUUUGCUAGACGAGAAAAAUGCCCGGGAAUGGAAAAAUGCACAAAGACAUCUGAAGGUCAUUGCAAACGAGGAUGAAUUAAACCCAGGAGAUAUUGACGUUCAAGACUGGAAAUCCCUUCGUAAAAUGCAGAGCAAAAGAAAACCAAAUGUGUUGCUGGAAUUUGUUGAUGAUAUUGAAGAGUAUGGCAAAGCAGCAUCCAAAAUGAUCACAAAAUACAAUCCUGUGUUUCAGAAGCCGGUUAUCACACCCAAUAUCAUCAUGGAAUUCCGCAUUUUACUGGUGGAAGAUCUUGAUGAUAAGCAAUCAGAUGAUAAUCGUGUUGUGUUCCCAAAUUACUCCGAUCCUUCCAUCGCAAAAUGGUCGAACUCAAGGGACGAGAUUUCAUUACCAGCUUAUCAAUUGGCAGAAAGUAUCCAACCAACCUCGACGAUUCAUAUAACUCUAUUCUUAUUCAAAACUGUGCACAAGUUACAAAGACUUCAGGAAGAUAUGGAUGAUAAUGAUGAUCAAGAAGUUGUUGAUGAAAAUCCGAUGAAAGUCGGAUCUAGCCUAAUUUCAAUGACCGUUGAUCCUCCACUUCCAGACCAUCUGCGUGCACCAGUCUCUAUCCAUUUGCAAAACACAAAUUUUGACCCAAAAGCCCAGCACGUAUGUGGAUUUUGGAACAAUACAGUAGAUGAUUGGUCUACUGAUGGUUGUAAUAUGGUAUCUUACAAUGAAACUCACACCAGAUGCGAAUGCGAUCAUUUAACAACAUUUGGGGUAUUAGUGGACACUUCGCAGCAACAAGAAGCCGUAGCCCCUAAACCACCAGCAAAGCCAUUACCUCCACCAGAAUCAGGCAUCCCUGAAAAGCCUUCUAAAAAGCCAGCAGGAGCAGCACCUGAGCAACCGCCAGCUGUACCUCCUCCUGCGCCACCGCCAGCACCACCUCCACCUUCGCCUCCGCCUGCAAAGGCAAAGCCAUCUCCAAAGCCAUCGGAAGCGACGCCCACACAGACUGGGGCCAACCAAGGAAACAAAAACAGUUUCUUGUUUUGGAUAAUCAUAGUGUUGAUAAUAUUGAUUAUCAUACUUCUUCUGUGCCUUUGCUGCCUGUUCUGCUGGUUGAAACGCCGGAGCAAAAACGAAAAAGCAAAACCCAAAGAAAUUGUCAGCUCUUCUGGAUCUGGUACCAGCGUUGGAUCCGAAUUGCUUGUUGAUAAAAGCAGACUUGCUCCAAAGAAAAAUCAAGGAAGAUCGGAUUCACCAAGCCCAAGGGAUAGCCCGGGCUGGCUGAAACUUAAGAGUAACGCCGAACACCAGGAUGACAAUCUUAUGCGAGAGAAGGCUUUACUUUUCUCAGACUACCAUCAACCAUAUAACUUUUUGACGCACGUCAAAGAAAGACCCAAUACUAGUUUGGAGUCAGUUUAUGGUGGGAGUGAUGUAGCCCUGCCGGAAGGCCCAUCAUCUUUACAGCAAAAAGCUACAAAAACAUAUUGCAAAUUAGUUGUAAUAACAAUUAUCAAUAAUAGCAGAAGCUACACUAUGAUAUAUAAGAAUGUAAGAAAAGUUGUUAUGAAAAUUAUAAUUGAUAUAUGUAAACAGAAGCAAUUUGUCGAAUUUGAGAGUAAAUGUUUUUAUUUCUUAUCCCAAAGCCGGAGCAAAAACGAAAAAGCAAAACCCAAAGAAAUUGUCAGCUCUUCUGGAUCUGGUACCAGCGUUGGAUCUGAAUUGCUUGUUGAUAAAAGCAGACUUGCUCCAAAGAAAAAUCAAGGAAGAUCGGAUUCACCAAGCCCAAGGGAUAGCCCGGGCUGGCUGAAACUUAAGAGUAACGCCGAACACCAGGAUGACAAUCUUAUGCGAGAGAAGGCUUUACUUUUCUCAGACUACCAUCAACCAUAUAACUUUUUGACGCACGUCAAAGAAAGACCCAAUACUAGUUUGGAGUCAGUUUAUGGUGGGAGUGAUGUAGCCCUGCCGAAAUCCAGUGCCUCCUCGUCGUCUCCAUCUGAUCCACUUGCAUCUAGGAGAGUGCGUCCUGACCCGGGAGGUCGUCCGUUGGAUGACUCGGUAAGGCCAAGAACAUCAGCCUAUGGAGGGCCUAAAGAAAAAAGAAACUCGUAUCCUCCAUUAAACAAAAAGGUGGAGGAAAAACCAGUCAGAAACCCACCUGUGAAAGCUAACGGAAAGCGCCAGGGACCUAUAAAGAACGGUGGCAAUGUAAUGCCAAAAAAUUUAUCUGAGUCUGGCGCAACCAGUAUGGAAUGGGAUCCCUAUUUUCUUAAUACCAAGAAAAAUGAAGAGGAUAAAAGGCGCUUAGAAAGAAAUGCAAGCAACGCUCGCAAGAAAUCAAGGAACAUUUCGCCGAUAUCAGAAGAAAAUACUCAAGACCCUGAAGAAGACCAACCAGUUGACAGUGUUGUGCCCCAAGUUGGCUCGGAUGAUGCAAACUCAGAAACUCCAGCUGUAUCGGAAAGUUUGUAUCCGUUGAAUACCAGUGAUACAUCGGAAUCCGCAACACAGGCUACUGCUGCCCCGCAACGAAGGGUUUCUCCUCCAAAUAGAGGAAGCCUUGCACAGAGGACAUCUCCUCCGCAGAGAGCCACUCCUGCACAGAGGGCAUCUCCACCACAGAAAACUACUCCACCUCAGAGGACGUCUCCUCCACAGAGAUCAUCACCACCGUCCAGAAAUUCGCCCCCAUCGCGGAUUUCUCCGCCUCAGGGAACUUCACCUAAAAAUACUUCGCCGUUACAAAGGCACCCCCAGAGAACUUCUCCACGUGAUUCGUGGCAGCCUUCACCUAGGACUAGCGAUGAAAGUGAAAAGUCAGAUAAACAUACUCAGUUCAGCAGUAGUCGUCGAUAAUUUGGUUAAUGAGUUUUUCUUUAUAAAGCUAGCUAGCCUAAUGUUAAAGAAACAAAUACUGCAAACUUGGGUCAGUUUUACAGCCGAUCUUUGUGUCUAAGCGAUAGCGACAUGUUUAUUCGUCUAGUAAAAUCUUGUGUUCAGUAUCCUUACAAGGUAUGGGAAACAUCUUUGAUGGGAGAUACCCAAUAUAUCACUCCACUACAGUAAAGAAAGCCCUUUUUAACGCAAAAAUGUUUUCACGAUUGUAUCGUACACAAAAUUUUCCAAAAGUCUUUCUUACCUCUUACUUUAGGCCUACGUUUGUUUCGGUUAGGUAGUGAAAUUCUUUAACAAAUGCUUUGUUUCUCUUUUGUUUUACUGGUUCUGAACAUGUGUAUUGUUUAUAGUAUCAUACCCAAUGUUAUUUGACAAAAUCCAAUUUAAAAAAACCGAGCCAUAUAGUAAGUGAUUUUCCUUGUGAGACAAUCGAAUAAAGAAUAAAAUCGAAGUUUGAUUGGAUUUUAGGCUUUCAAGUAAAGAAUCGCUCAGAAUUCAUAUUUAGUUAGGCCUCGUAAAUCUCCCAUUUGUUGUUGUUACAUUUCCCUGGACACCCUCCUCGAACCCUCCUUGAAGAAUCCUUCGUGCGAAGUCCAUGCUUUUGGGAAUUAGGAUUCUCCAAAUUAAAAUACAUCUCCUAGCUAAAAUGCAUUCCUAUUCAUGUUUUGUUUUUUUAUUAAAUGCUGCCAAUGCCGAAAGUCAUCUUUUUUCACCCGCGGGACAUAUUUAUUCGCUCGACUGGACACAAAGUCAUCCUGUUGCUUGCUAUCCAACGUCUCGUUAGUCGUGCAGAAUUUUUCUGAGAGGAAACUGUUAUUAACCCUCAGUUAACGUGAGUUCUUUACUGUAUAUUGUAAAACAAAGUUCGAUUCUUUGAAUCACACGAAAAGAUUAUAUCCUCUGUCCUAAUUUUUGUAUAGUUUCGGUUUAAAGAUGUUUAUUAGUACAUAAAUUAAAUUAUUUGAGUAAAUGAUGCUUAUAUGUUGCUAAUUUUUGUAAUACGAAUGUAUCACCGAUA